GUGACCUGCAGCAGGUUAGAGACACUGACACUGACGUCUUCAUCGUCUUCAACACCUUCAUCGUCUUCAUUGUCUUCAUCGUCUUCAUCAUGAUGGGCUGGACCAGCAUCUUCGUCCUCUGCAGUGUCCUCACUCCUGCUCUCUGCUGUAAUUGGCUCAGACACUACAUUUACUACAGCAACGUCUCUCUGACGCAUCUCCGUCGCAUGGGAGAUCAGCUGACUGAACAGGAGAGUCCAGUUUCUUUUCCCUACAGACUUUACACACGCAUACGAAACACUGAGGUCGAGUCCCAGUUGGUUUUCAUCAGAGACAGCUUGGACCGGAUCUCUGACCUCUAUCGCCAUGACAGCCUCUCCUCCGUUACCUGGGAUACAGACACGACUCAUCACUUCAGGAUGAGCGUCGGCAAAAUGAUUGACGGACUCAACACCUGUGUGUCUCCCAACAAACAAACAGACAACAGACUGAGGAAAUACUACAGGAGGCUGUCCAGAAGUACUUUGUACUGCACUGGAGGUAGCACUGCAUGCUGGGAGAUCAUCAGGCAGGAAACUGAACUGCACCUGGAUCAACUGCAGCUGCUCGUCUCCUCCAUCUUGGCUCCAGAUGCUGCCACACGGAGGCAAUGCAACACUCUGCUUCACUGACUAUUGAUCAGGUUAUCAUGAUAUUUAUUUAUUGCUCCUGAUAAAUAUUUAUUUAUGAUCAUGUUAUCAUGAUAUUUAUUUAUUGAUCAGGUUAUCAGGUUAUUUAUUGAUUGAUCUAGUUAUCAUG